GACGCAGUCUGGCUCGCUGUACGUGCUUCCCUGAACUGUAGAGCGCGCGUGUGUCUGAGUGAAGCUUCCCGCCUUGUUUACAGCCUCGGGGAUAAAUGUGAUAAACGUGAUAAAUGUCUCGUUUCUGAUGAAGAAGAUGAAAAAGACGGAAAAGAUCCUUCAUCUGAAGAGCUGCCGGGGCCGGAAGGUCCGUGUGGUCCGGGAACAUUACCUGAGAGAGAAGGUUCCGUGUUACAGCUCUCUGUGUCAGGCGGACUGUGAUCAAGAUGGAAAGCUGCUUCCAGGAGACCUGACCCACUACGUGGUUCCUGAUGUCGGCGUGGUGGUGGAUUACCUGGAGAUUCUGGAGUUCACAGAGCUGCAGGGCAUCGUGUUCACGCAGACCGCCUGUCAGGCCGUGCAGCACCACAAAGGACGCAGGCAAUACAACCGUCUGAGGAACCUGCUCAAAGACCCUCGGCAUGACUGCGUCAUGUUUGCGAACGAGUUCCAGGAGUAUUCGUACUGUGAGAGGGAGAAGGGGGAGAAACAGGAGACGUGGCAGACCAGGUGUGUGUACGCUGCAGCGGUAUGGUACCAUAACCACCUGGCAGGUAUGAUGGAUGUCCUGAUGAUCACAGACAACCAGGAGGCCGUCGCUAAGUACAGCAGCCUCAACUCAGGAGUUUACGUCAUCUCCGUACAGGACUUUCUGCAGAACUUCUGGCCAGACCUGCAGGCAGCUCACGAUCUGUACAGCUCCAUCUCUCAGGCACUGCAGGAGAAAGAGAGUGAGAGCUCACAGAAAGAGUUCACAGAGCAUCUGCCCGCUGAGGUCCUGGAGGCCGGGAUCAAGUCUGGACGUUAUAUCAAGGGAACGCUGAAUGUCAGCAAACACCGAGCACAGAAUGAAGCCUCCAUCAUGACGGAGGGUCUCUCCGAUAAGAACAAAGAUCUCAGUUCGGGCGUGUUCAUCUUCGGCGUGAAGAACCGUAACCGGGCGGUGCACGGCGACUCGGUCGUGGUGGAGUUGUUGCUGAAGAGCGAGUGGAGAGGAAGAGUCACGGCUCUGAGCGAAGGUCAGGGGGAGGAGAAGAGCGGAGAGGAGGACGAGAGUAAACCCAUGCCCACAGGCCGCGUCGUUGGGAUCCUGCAGAGGAACUGGAGGGACUACGUGGUGACGUUUCCUCCCAGAGACGGGACUCAGUCGCAGAGCAGGAACUCCCAGAGGAUCCUGGGCGUACCCUGGGACCAUCGCAUCCCUAAGAUCCGCAUCAGCACCCAGCAGGCCGACGCCCUGCAGGAUCACAGGGUGGUGGUGCGCAUUGACUCCUGGGAGAGCACCUCGCUCUAUCCCAACGGCCACAGCGUGCGGGUGCUGGGUCGGGCCGGAGAGCUGGAGACGGAGGUCCAGACGAUCCUCAUAGAGAACUGCAUCCACGUGCCCCCCUUCUCAGACGCACAGCUGAGAGAGAUGCCGGUGAACUCUCCGGAGAAGCCGUGGACGAUGGAUCCCGUCCAGGUGGCCCAGAGACGAGACCUCAGGGAGACUCACCUGGUGUUCAGCAUCGACCCGCGGGGCUGCGAGGACGUGGACGACACGCUGUCGAUUCGCAGCAUCGCCGGAGGGAGGCGGCUGGAGCUGGGAGUCCACAUCGCAGACGUCACGCACUUUGUCAGCGAGGGGUCACUGACGGACCUGGAGGCGCGCACCAGGGCCACCACCUACUACUUAGCAGACCGCAGGUACGACAUGUUACCUGCCAUCCUCAGUGCAGACCUCUGCUCCCUGCUGGGAGGGGUCGACAGGUAUGCGAUGAGCGUGUUGUGGGAGCUUGAUGCAGAAACCCUCGCCGUCACCAAGGUGUGGUACGGUCGCACGAUCAUCCGCUCCUCUUAUCAGCUCUACUACGAGCUGGCUCAGGCGCUCCUCAACGGCGAGCCGGCCGAGGUGCCGGAGCUGGCCGAGCUAACGUCUGGGGAGAAGGAUGCUAAGCUAGCUCAGCUCACGCGGGCUCUGGAGAUGCUAACGCACGUGGCGAGACACCUGCGGGCUCAGAGGGACAGAGGGGGCGCUCUGGAGCUGGAAGGAGUGGAGGUUCGAGCCCAGCUGGACGAGGAGAGGAACAUCACGGCUCUCGUCCCCCGUCAGCCCCUCGAGGUCCACGAGACGGUGGCCGAGUGCAUGAUCUAUGCCAACCACUGGGUGGCCCGCAAGAUCCAGGAGACCUUCCCCCAUCAGGCCCUGCUCAGGUGUCACCCCCAACCCCGGGAGGGGUUCUUCAGCCAGCUGGUGGAGAGCGCCUCAGCGGGAGGGUUCACCAUCGACACCAGGACUAACAAGGCUCUAGCGGACUCUCUAGACCGGGCUGUGGACCCUCAAGACCCGCUGGUGAACAGGAUGCUGAGGAUGAUGGCGACCACGGCGAUGUCUGAGGCCCUGUACUUCUCCACUGGGCUGCUGUCCCAGGACCAGUUCUACCACUACGGUCUGGCUCUGGACAGGUACACACACUUCACCUCACCGAUCCGUCGUUAUGCCGACAUCGUAGUCCACCGCCUCCUCACCGCGGCCAUCGCCCUGGACACGGAGGCGGAGCUUAGUAAAUCCAUGGCUGGUCACAAAGAGCUGGAUGAAACCGCUCAUCACAUCAACAGCAAGAACCGGGCAGCCAAGCGGGCCCAGAAACUGUCCACAGAGCUGUUCCAGUGUCGGUUCUUCAAAGAGAGAGACCCUCAGGCUGACCCGCACUGCGUGGCCGACGCCAUCAUCUACGCCAUCCGGGACAACGGCGUGUUGGCGUUCGUCCCAGAGUAUGGCGUUAAAGCUCCGGUGUACCUGAAGAACCGGGAGGGUCAGGUGAUCUCUGCAGCGAGCGACGGGAGCUGUGAUUGGCAGAGCGGCACCGUGAGACGAUCCCAGGACCACAUCAGCACCACCUCCGUCUGCGGAACCUCCACCUUCACGCUGUUCGACCACGUCACGGUCCGUGUUUCAGUCCGCUCCACUAAUUUCCACGCCGACAGCUUAAACCUUGAGCUCAUCAGCAACAAACCUCACGGCGGCGGUGGUGGCGGCGGCGGCAGCAGCGUGGAGCCCGAGAAGCCCCGCCCACAGGGCCGCAGCCAGCUGGUGCAGGAAGUGGUGCGCCUGGCCGAGGAGGCGAGCCAGCAGGAGAAGGAGAAGGAGGCGAGGAGGCCCAAACUGUCCAAAGAGGAGAGAGAGUACCGGCAGAGCAAAACCCCAAACCUGUACUCCCUGCUGGAGGAGGUGAGGGAGCUGGCUCUGCUGGACCUGGAGACCGCCGCCCAGGUGUGUGCAACCACGGCGUAGAAAACUGAUCAUGGAAAUACGACGCUGACGAUAAGAACACACGACAGAGCGACCGAACACAGAAGAUGAUUUUUAUAAAGUAAAAUGUUGAAUUUUUCUGCUUUUUCUGAAUCAUGACGACGGGUUGGAUUUAUUGAAUUCCUGUUUCCUGAAACCGUUUGAUGACGUGAAGAAGAAGAAGAAACUUUAUAAAGUGCUGCCUCAUGAACUCUUUCAUAUUAAAGACUUCCACAUUU